AUUCGGUUAAAUCUUCAGCUUUUUAAUGAAAUAUUAUAAUUUUUGUUUGAAAAAUAUAUUUCCAAUCAUUUUGUUAUCACGCUACUUGGUAAUUAAUUUGAUUUAAUGCUUUCUACUAAACGCGUAAUUAUCUUUGGAAUGGAUGAAUUGCAUUGUCGAAAGCACGUUUGCCCUUACGUAGAGGCGCUUCAUGCAGCACAGAAGAAAUUGCAUUUUCUCAUGUGGCAAAUUCGCCUCUCGCCGUUAUAUCCGAUGCUGUACGAGUCACUCCAAGUGCUGACAGAUCACUUGAAAAAGUCGACAGACAGAAAUAUCAUCAAUUUAAUCACAUCAUUGCUGGAAAAAAUAAUAAAAAGUGAGACUCUGUACUCGUCAAUAGUGACAGCUUGCAGACCAGAACCUCUGACAGCCAUCGAGCAAACUGUAUUUGAUGAAAACUGGCGCAACUUCCUACAGCUUUUGGUCUCACUGCCACCAUUGAUAGCAAACAAAACUCAGGGAAAUAUUAGCAAGUAUUUUUCUCUUGACGUUUACACAAAAAUAAUUAUUUAUCACACAGCGCGUGCUGUCAAAUUUUUAAAUGACGUCUCCAGAGAAUUUAACAUCAGCCUGAAUGUAAAAUUAAUUUCUCUGCUGAUCAGCAAAAGCAUCAGCAGCCUCGGCUCUGGUCACUUCGUCCACCUGUUAGAUAUUUUUAUGUCCUGGUCUUUAAAAAAUUCAAAAAAUAUAAGGAAAUUUAUUCACAAAAUUUUAUGCAACCUGGAGAGAUCAUCCGUUGAAGCAGUUGCUACUUUACUCCUAAAGAGAAUCAGCAACCCGAGUAAUGUUGAGUUGAUACUCGGCAACCUUCUGGUAAAUGAUCACUGGCGUUAUGUCCUGACUGUUAAAAUUCCACUGCUGUCUUAUCAUGACAGUGAUAAACUUAUCAAAAAUAUCGUCUACUAUUUAUCGUCAGUUGGUGACAAAAACCUGCUUGUUGAUUUAGUCAUCAAAAUGAUAAACAUCUGGGGGGACAAAAGUUUUUUGAAUCAUUCGUCUUCAGAUCAUCAUGAAUUCAUGAGUAAAUUUAUUGUAGUAUCAGUAUUUAGAUUGAAGAACCAGUUAACUAACAGUCAAAAGAAACAGGUUCAAAGACUAACGUUUGGUAGUCCAGUUCAUUUACAAUCAAUGCAACCGGAGAUAAGGACAAUGAGAAUCACCAUUUGGGAAUUAGUUGUUGAUAUUUUGUCUGAUGGUACUGCUAAGCUGAACUAUGAUUCCAAGAAAGUUGGAUUAUUAAUACUAUUUAAUAAUUUAUAAUUAUUUGUGUAAAUUAUAUACUUAUUAUUAUAUCUGUAGAUAAACGUCGUAAAUAUUACGAAACAAUGAUUGAAAACCCAUUUCUUCAAGUGACUCCAGCACAGGCGCUGUCUAAAAUGUUAGCGACAUGUGUGGUCACACCUGUUGGGUCAAAAAAAAAAAAAACAAAUAAUGCGACAAGUAAAUUUUAGAUUUUUUUUUUUAAUUAAAAUUAAAAAAAAUAAAAACGUAUUAAACUGAUUGACAUUGUUAAAAUUAAUUUAAUAAAUCAGAGUACUUCAAUUAAUUCAAAUCUGGAAGUUAAAGAAAGUAAACUACCAUUAGAAAUAAAUAAAGUAUGCAAGUCAAUUGAGUCCAAUCCUACUGAGUGUAAAAAUGUAAAAAAUAAUUUAAAUUAAA